UAGGCGGCAUGUCGCGGCCACCCAAGCCCGCGGCUACCGCUAAAAAGGUCGCCCCUCCGGCGGUGCCCCACGAAUUCCGGCACUCGGGCAGCUCCUUCGGAUCCGCGGGUUAUGCCAGCUCAGAGGACGCCGGCUUCUUGGCUCCCUCCGAUCCACCUGGAAUACCUAGAGAUGACCAUUCGGAUUACGGGAGCACCGUCAGCGGCAGCACGGGCAAGUCCCCGGGGCCGAUCUUUCCCGCGCCGAGCUUCACGUUUCCCGGCCAGCCGCCCCCCGGCACCGUCCUCACGCACAAGGCCGCCGUCUACUACCACCACCAGCUCAGCUUGCAGGAGGACCAGGGGAUCGACAUGACCCAGUCUCCCGGGAGGGACAGUCCGGGUUCCUCCAGCGGCAGCGCGGGUUCUGGCUCCCGCCACAGCACCGCUUCCUUGGACAGCGGCAGGGCCUCCUACCAUCCGCUUAGCACGGCCGGCAGGAGCACCAUAGGCUCCUCCAACAGUCCGAGGUGUUCCCUAAGCUCAUGUUCCAUAGGGUCGGACGGUGGCCGCAUCGAACGCAUGAUACACCAGGGGGUACCAGAUCAGGACAUCAUCCACUCCUGGCUGGUGGACCUGCAGUUUGAGGAGUACUUCCCUUUGUUCAUAUCGGCCGGCUACGAUCUGCCCACCAUAGGCAGAAUGACGCCAGAAGACCUGACUGCCAUAGGAAUUAAGAAGCCCAACCACAGGAAAAGGCUUAAGGCAGAAAUCGCCCAGCUUAACCUGCCGGAUAACCUGCCUGAAUUCAUUCCGGGUUCUCUGGAGGAGUGGCUCAACUUACUUAGAUUAGACGAAUAUUUGCCAGCAUUUCUCGAGCAGAAUUACCAGACUGUGGACGACGUCGCACAGUUAACAUGGGAAGACCUGGAGGAAUUCGGGAUAGUGAAAUUAGGCCACCAGAAAAAAAUAAUGCUGGCCAUAAAGAGAAUCAAGGACAUCAAAGCCGGCAAGAGGAUAAACGCAGACGGGAACAGGAUCUACUCGACACAGGACGUUAUGGUGCACGCACCCAUGGACCUCCCGUCGCCUGGCGUACCCGCAGUCCACAGCACUUUCCGCUCUUUUCACCAGCCGUGGGAGAUCGACCAGACGAGGCAGCUGGCGGCAGGCACCGCUCACUACGUGCAACCUACCAUGUAUUGCCCUGACAUAAUCCCCAUCAAGGUGGUCAGAACGGGCAGGGGAAAGUCCCUCGAAUCCCUGGAAGACCCCAGCGAGCGGACUCACUACACCUUCAGCGUGGAGAACACCCAGACGUUCUACUGUCAGCAACCCAUCGGGUGGAGGACCAGAUCCUACGAGGACGGGGACAUAACCCCCACAAACGAGACCAGUUUGCUGUACGAGGGAGGCGGGACCCUUCCCAGACCGCGAGGCGUGAUCCGUCCCAGGCCCAUCGCCAAGAUAGCCGCCAAGGCCAGGGAGACGUUCCCGGAUUUCGAGAAGCCCCAGUUCAACCCCGAGAAGUACGGCAACCCGCAAUACAAGACCCUACCCAGGGAACUGAUAGACGGCAAUAAAUACCACAUGCAAUACAACAGCCCGCUCAUGGGCAAGAAGAUACCGCCCAACCCGCCCAAACGGCAGGACAGCGACAGCAACGAGCAGACCACCACCGUGGAGAUUCACCACGUGCAGACUUCCAGCCCGUUGCCCCUGCCGGCGUAUCCCAGUUCGGACAGUCUCAGUAUAUCGCUGGAGAGCCAGGGGGAUCUGCCCCUGCCGCCGCCUCCGGCUCCCGGCACGCCGCCGGGGAAGCUCAAUUCGUCGCAGUCCUGGGGGGCGGAAGAGCAGGAGCUCAUCAAGACAUUGGCGCUGCAGCACCGGAACGGUUCCGAUGCAAGUUUUAAGUCGAGUUCGAGCACAGAGUCAGACUCGCUGCCGUUCGCCAAUGAAAACGCCGGCACGAUCAGAACUCGGGCCGCCGCCGGCGCCGGCAGGCAGGCCGAGUUCUCGUCCCCCAAGCCGCCGCGAGCCGGCCUCCCCCCGCAUCCGUCCCCCACGCCCGCCGCUGCCGCCCGCCAGCAAACGAGCGCCCGCAAUCAAAGAACAGAGCCGGCCGAUGUCCUCAACGACAUCGGGAACAUGCUGGCCAAUCUCACCGACGAGCUAGACGCCAUGCUGGAGGAGGAGAAACGGCAACAGUAACUUCACACACACACACACGCAUAAGACUGAACGUCAUGUUAUAAUUUCACUUAUUUUUGUACAGGACCUAGGGCGCGGCCUUCAGAAGGCCCCGUUAGGAUCUUCCGUUCGAUUCGUAGAUUUCCCAUUUCGUACGGUUCGUUUUUUUUUUUUUAAUUUUAUAUAUACAGAUUUUAAAUUAUAGGUUCGUUGUAAAUAGGAAAUUUUAUUUUAUCCUGAAAGGUUUGUAAAUAGUUUUUUAGAUAAGAACAUUAUAUUGUAAAAAUGUAAAAUUGUUUUCGAUCGGUUCGUAUGGUUUCGUGGAUUGCUUCGGAGUAACCGGAAAAUUUUAUAUCUACUUAAAUCGAGG